GGUACAUGGUACAUACCACGGUUCGUAUCCGUGCUGUCUUGCCCUUUCAGUGAAUAGUAUUUCGUUCACAAAACGACAGUUCAUCGCACAUUAUGCUAAAUCCACAAGUGGUUCUUGUUCUCAGCGGGAAACGAAAAUCAGGGAAAGACUACAUCACUGAAAUUUUGAGAAAACGAAUCGGCAUUGACACAUGUGCUGUUAUCCGGUUAUCAGCUCCACUCAAAGCAGCUUAUGCAAAGGAACAUGACCUCGAAUUUGAGCGGCUUUUAGAUGCUUCAGCUUACAAGGAGAACUUCCGAGCUGCUAUGGUUGCUUGGGGAGAAGAAAGACGUCAAAGGGAUCCCGGAUAUUUCUGCAAACUUGCCAUAGAACAGAGCUCAGCCUUUGAGCGUCCCGUAUGGAUCAUCAGUGAUGCACGACGUACAACAGACUUGCAAUACUUCAAGCAGAACUACCCCAGUGCAACUCGGACAAUUAGAGUAAAGGCGCUGGAUGAAGUCAGGGCCAAAAGGGGCUGGAUAUUUACACCCGGAAUUGAUGAUAAAGAAACAGAAUGUGGCUUGGAUGAUGUUCAGGAGUGGGACACUGUCAUUUCUAAUGAUGACGACGGCACCCUCGACAGUCAGCUCUCCGUUGUUUUAGAAAAUGUAGAAGUGAAAUGUCUAUAGCUCCUGUAUGUGGUUUCUGUAUUAAGUUAUUUGUACCAUUUCAUAUUGUAUCUGUGAUAUUUAUAUGAGCCAUCCAAUAAUCAAGCAUACUGAGUGCAGGGAAAUGUAUUUUUAUCCCAUCCUUGCUAUGUACAAAAGGAAAAAAGCCUCUGGAACCUGUCCAGUUCGAUACCGCCACCAGGCUUCUUGGAAGACUAGCCGAAGUCGCUCUGCAAAUACGAGGUGGCCACCAUCACCGAUUUUCUUUUUUUCCUGGCUGUAAUAUACAAGUGGAAAAUAUCAAGUUUCCUGUAUCAGACCAGAACGGCAGGAAAACUGAAAAAGAUGAAUUACCAACAUUGUUUUCCACAGUGAUGAAGACACCUAAUGUGAAUCUUCGUAUAUUUGAAACAGAAAUUAAGAGCUGUAAACAUUAGCAUGUACGAUGCAACUGUGUUUACCAAACCACAUUCGGCCUGUACCAUGGAGAUGUAUAAGCAGAGCAAUGGAAACCAACUUUCUUGCCUACCAGAAACGGUACCUUAAUGGGACUGUCGCAUCCGGAAAGAUGUGUAUGAGACUGAUACGGUAAUGUUCGGUAUGCUUUCACAGUCUACUUGGCCAAGUUUCUCUUCUGAAAACAGCUUACUUAUUAAAUAAACGACUUUCGAAAGA